AUGACUCGACCUGUUCUUUCUAGAUGCCUAGCAAGAUGGUCCAUAUUGUUUAACCAAUAUGAGAUCACAUACACGCCUCAAAAGGCUAUGAAAGGAGAAGCACUAGCCAAUAUUCUGGUUGAUCACCCUCUUCCGGCUGAAUGGGAGCUUUCUGAUGAGUUUCUAGAUGAAGAUGUUUUGUUCAUUGAAGAAUUGCCACCAUGGACAAUGUUCUUUGAUGGAUCUGCAUGUUGUAACGGUGCAUGGGCAGGUGUUGUGUUGAUCUCUCCAGAAAGACAAGUCUUGCCAUUCUCCUUUGCUUUAGGUGAAACGUGCUCCAACAAUGCCGCAGAGUACCAAGCUUUGAUCGUUGGUCUCGAAAUAGCAUUAGACAUGAAGAUUCUACAGUUGGUGAUCUACUGCGACUCUAUGCUGAUCAUCAUCCAACUAAUAGGGAGUUACGACGUAAAGAAGGAAGAUCUCUUUCCAUAUCAUCAAUAUGCUUCUGGUUUACUUGAAAGAUUCGACCAAGUGUUCUUAAACCACGUCCCAAAAGAAGAAAAUUGCAAGGCUGAUACUUUGGCUAACUUGGCCAUGACGAUGGCACUUGGAGAGAGUGAGUCAACAAAGGUAUAUGUGUGUUAUCGAUGGGUUAUUCCUAGACUUCUUGAUCUUCAAAUCAACGAAAUCCACCAUACGUCUGUUCGAGUGAUUAAAGAAGAAGACUGGAGGCAACCACUGAUAGAGUACCUUGAACAUGGAAAGCUACCUGAGGAUUCGCGACAAAAAACAUUCAUCAAACGAAGAGCUUCACGAUUCAUCUACAAUAAGGGGAUAUUGUUUCGCUGCUCUUUUGAAGGACUAUUCUUGCGAUGUCUUGACAAAGAAGAAGCCUGCAAAGUGAUGGAGGAAGCACAUUCUGGCUCAUGUGGAGCACAUCAAUCUGGUCCCAAGCUCCAUUUUCGCAUCAAGAAGAUGGGCUACUACUGGGCGACUAUGUUUUUGCCUAAAUGGAAAUUAUCCCCUUAUUUUAAUUAUAGGAUAUUACACCACCGAUCUCCAAAGCCUCUUCAUCCAACUGUAGCUUCAUGGCCUUUUAAUACAUGGGGACUUGAUAUUGUUGGACCGCUUCCAAAGUCAUCAAAGGGACAUAUGUACAUGUUGGCCGCUAUAAACUACUUCUCUAGAUGGGCUGAAGUUGUUCUACUCAAGGAGCUGAAAAAGGAAACUGAUGUCGAUUUUAUCUCGUCAUAUAUAAUUUUUAGAUAUAGCAUACCAAGAUACAUAAUCACUGAUAAUGGAAUGACAUUUGACAAUAAGCUCGUGAAGAGUCUGUGCGAGAAGUUCGGUUUCAAGCAACAUAAGUCUUCAAUGUAUAAUGCACCCGCCAACGGCCUUGCUGAAGCUUUUAACAAGGCGCUUGGUAAUCUUUUGAAGAAAGUUGUUGCAAAGAAUAAGAUAGACUGGCAUGAGAAAAUUGGUGAGGCUUUGUGGGCAUACCGGAUAACCUUCAGAACUUCUACACAAUCAGCUCCUAACUCUUUGGUGUAUGGCAUAGAAGCAGUCCUUCCAAUGGAGCAACAAAUUCCAUCAUUGCGGAUCGCAAUCCAAAAAGAACUCACAUCCGAAGAGAAUGCUUAA